UAUAAAACUGGUUGAUAUCUAACAUGGCAUGGACAGAAGUUCUUUACAUAUCUGCUUGACAAAACAACUUCACAGAUUCUGGACCGUCAUUUAUGCUUGUGGACAUAGAGACACUGCCUUUGUGGAGGGUAGGAUGCCAGAAAGAAGAGAGGAGAUUGUUGAGUGGAACUCUAAUGGUCCAGAACAGUGACCUGUGUGUGUUUUCAAGGGAAAUUAUGGAGAUGAGAAAUACUACCCCAGACUUUAUUCUCCUAGGACUCUUUAACCACACCAGAGCCCACCAAGUCCUCUUCAGGAUGCUUCUGGCCACCGUUUUGACCUCCCUGUUUGGCAAUGCCCUCAUGAUUCUCCUGAUUCACCGGGACUGGAGGCUCCACACGCCCAUGUACUUCCUCCUGAGCCAACUCUCCCUCAUGGACAUGAUGCUGGUUUCCACCACUGUGCCCAAAAUGGCGGCUGAUUACUUGACCGGAAAUAAGGCCAUCUCGCGCGCUGGCUGUGGUGUGCAGAUCUUCUUCCUCCUCACACUGGGUGGUGGAGAGUGCUUCCUCUUAGCAGCCAUGGCCUAUGACCGCUAUGUGGCUGUCUGCCACCCACUCCGAUAUCCCACUCUCAUGAGCUGGCAGCUGUGCCUGAGGAUGACCAUGUUGUCUUGGCUCCUGGGUGCAGCUGACGGGCUCCUGCAGGCUGUUGCUACCCUGAGCUUCCCAUAUUGCGGUGCACACGAGAUCGAUCACUUCUUCUGCGAGGCCCCCGUGCUGGUGCGUUUGGCUUGUGCUGACACUUCAGUCUUCGAAAAUGCCAUGUACAUCUGCUGUGUGUUAAUGCUCCUGGUCCCCUUGUCUCUCAUCCUGUCCUCCUAUGGUCUCAUCCUCGCUGCUGUUCUCCACAUGCGCUCUACAGAAGCCCACAAGAAGGCCUUUGCCACCUGCUCUUCACAUGUGGCUGUGGUGGGACUCUUUUAUGGAGCUGCCAUUUUUACCUAUAUGAGACCCAAAUCCCAUAGGUCCACUAACCACGAUAAGGUUGUGUCAGCCUUCUAUACCAUGUUCACCCCUUUACUAAACCCCCUCAUCUACAGUGUGAGGAACAGUGAGGUCAAGGAAGCCCUGAAACGGCAGCUGGGGACAUGUGUAAACCUGAAACACCAGCAAAAUGAGGCCCAUAGGUCAAGAUGAUCUAGUGUCAAAUGACUCUAAGUUCCUGAAUUUAUUAAUAUUUUAACACAUUGUAAUUCUCUCCCUUUAGUAGUUCAUGAACAGAAAAUUAAGUUUGUACAUUGAUAAAAUAAGAUAUUUUUAAGAAUGAAGUGAGCUAAUUGUAUUGAGAGAUACCAUUUUUGAGCAUUUAUGUACUUUUCUUCAAGUGAAGUAAAAUCUACAUAUUACUUUGUAUCCUAAAACAACCCCAUGAUAUAAGUACUGUUGACAAUAUCUCCUACUUUCUAAAAAAAGAAAUUAACAAUGGAAAGUUAAAUAUUGUUCCCAAUUUCACAUAGCACGGAAAUAUUAAAAAGUGACUCCAGAGCUUGUACC